AUGGGGGGAACGGGCAAAACCACAUUGGCAACACAAGUGGGCAAACAAGUUGAAGAAUCCAAAGUGUUUGAGGAAGUCAUCUUUGUUGUUGUGUCCAACCCUCCGGAUGUUAACAAGAUUCGAGGUGAAAUUGCAAGGCAAUUAGGUUUGCAUUUAGAGGAUAGAGUUCAAGAAGAUCACUCCAAGCUUUUGUGGUCUAGAAUUUCUAAAAAUGAAAGAAAAUCGCUUAUAAUAUUAGAUGAUGUCUGGGAGAAGCUAGAUCUUACAGUCAUUGGGAUUCCAUCUGGACUUGAUCAAAAGAACUGCUAUGUUUUGAUAACCACUCGCUAUUUAAGCGUUUGUCGAGAAAUGAGAUGCCAACCAAUAGUUCAACUACAAAUAUUGGACAAAGAGGAUGCAUUGCAUCUUUUUCUGUUUCAUGCUACAAGUGAUGAUGAUGGUUCUUUAAGUAAUGAUGUGAAGGGUCUUGCGCGAGCUUUUGUGAAGGAGAGUGGGGGAUUACCAGUUGCGAUCAUAGCACUAGCUAGUACAUUAAGAAGUUGGCCCAUUGCUGAAUGGAAUGCAGCUUUGACAGCCUUAAAAAAUUCUAAGCCAUUUGUUGAUAUUGAUAGAGAUUUGGUGACUGUUUAUAAAUGCUUGAAAUUAAGUUAUGAUAAUUUAAAUGAUGAGAAGGCCCGAAGGCUUUUUUUGGUUUGUUCUAUUUUUCCGGAAGACUAUGAAAUUCCUAUAAAUCUUAUUUUUAGACUUGGUAUAGGAAUUUUUGGGGAAUUUGAAGAAUAUUGUGCAGCAAGAAGCCAAGCACUUGGAGUGAAAAAUAAACUCAUAGCUUCUUCUUUGCUACUGAAAGUUGAAAAGAAAGAAUGUAUAAAAAUGCAUGACUUGGUUCGUGAAGUGGCCCAUUGGAUAGCAAAGGAAGAUAUUCAAGUGAUCAUGGAUUCAAGAAUGACUUUAAAAGCAAACAAGCGAUAUGCGUUUUGGAGUGCCUAUGAUUUUCCUGAUAAGUUUGAUGAUACAGAACUUGAGAUUCUCUUUCUUUGGAUAAGUGGAAGUGAUCUGGUCAAAGACUCAAAUGCAUUUUUUGCACGAAUGUCCAGGCUUAAAAUCCUGUUUUUACUCAGUGAACACGGUAGAAAGGCUCCCACUCCAUCAUUGUCGCAGUCACUUCUUUCAUUAAAGAAUAUUCACACUCUUAUUUUGGAUGGUUGGGAACUAGGCGACAUCUCAGUUUUGAAGAGUCUACAAAGUCUUGUGACACUUGAGUUAAAAAAUUGUCUAAUUAUUGAAUUGCCCAAAGACAUCAAGAAACUAGAGAAGUUGAGAUGGUUGGGGCUAAGGAAGUGUGAGAUUCAAAAGAACAAUCCUUUUGAAGUGAUUGAAAAAUGUUCACAAUUGGAAGAAUUGUAUUUCGUCGAGAAUGACAAUGUCAAAGAUUGGAAGCCAGAGGAUGACAAAGAAAUUGAAGAUGAAAUUGCCUCUAAUAUAUCUCCUUCUACAUUGCAGGUUUUUUUUAUUGCUUGUGAUGGCUUGAAAAGUUUUACUACUAAUGAUGAUAAUGGCUUAUCAAAAUGCUUCAAUUCAGAACAUAUGAAACAUUUAAUAUCAGAAGCCAUGUUUAAGUACCUUGUGGGAAGAGCAGAAGUUCUUGAGCUAGGAAAUUUAGGACAAACAGGGUGGAAAAGUCUUGUCCCUGACAUUAUUCCUAUGGAAGACGAAGGCAUGGAUAAUUUAAUGAAGCUUUACUUGUAUGAAUGGGCUGACAUAGAGUGCGUUAUUGAUAGUAAUAAGUGUCACUGUUGUAACAUGACAGUCUUCUCAAACUUGAUUGAGUUGCAUCUGUAUAGUGUGGAUGUAAAAGAAUUAUGUGGGGGUGCUAUGCCUCAGGCUUUCUUGAGAAGUUACAGAUUUUAA